AUAGUGUAAUAACAACUUGGCCAGCUCGGUUUUUAUUUACUUUUCUGUGCGGCGAGUUUACUUAUAAAACAAAUGAUAAUAAAAUACACAAAGACCAUAUUAAAUGUUCAAUGACAAGAUCGAUAUUCCGAAGCCUUGAAAACGUCCAUCUACAACUCUCAGAAACUCUUAUUGGAGUUUUGGGACAGGCAAGUGCAUCCAACCAGAGGCACAAAGGUUCUUAUCACGAAAAAAGACAAUCCCAAAAACAACAACAAGGAAAUAGAUAGCGCAACAAGUUGUUGGACCGCUGAAACGGAAUCUCGCUGUACGGAGAAAGUCUCGAGAACUUUGAGGUGUGACGUGUCGCUCGCUUACGGACGAUAGAAACCGGGGAACGAAACGGGGCGGAAUCGGAAAAGUGAUGUGUGGAAAUUCAGCUGUGGGAAACGGGACGAGGGCGUUGAUUCUGGUCGGUGGUUAUGGGACCCGGCUGCGACCCCUGACCCUCAGCACGCCCAAGCCACUGGUGGAGUUCGCCAAUAAGCCUAUUCUUCUCCACCAACUGGAGGCACUCGUCGAUGCGGGAUGUCGUCAGGUUAUUUUAGCCGUCAGCUAUCGAGCCGAGCAAAUGGAAAAGGAGCUUAAAGUCGAAGCCAAGAAACUGGGUGUGGAAUUGAUCUUCUCCCACGAGACGGAACCCUUGGGAACAGCUGGACCUCUGGCCCUAGCGAAAACGAUUUUAGCAGCCAGCUCAGAGCCAUUUUUCGUGCUCAAUUCGGACGUUAUCUGCGAUUUUCCAUUUAAGCAACUAGUGCAAUUCCAUCGUAAUCACGGAAAAGAAGGCACAAUUGUGGUCACAAAGGUCGAAGAACCAUCAAAAUACGGAGUUGUGCUGUACGAUGAGAACGGCUGCAUAAAGAAUUUUAUUGAAAAGCCACAAGAGUUCGUUAGCAAUAAGAUCAAUGCCGGCAUUUACAUCUUCAAUCCCUCCGUCCUUGACCGAAUCGAAGUUAAGCCCACAUCAAUAGAGAAGGAGGUGUUCCCUGCAAUGGCGGAGCAACAGGAGUUGUACGCAAUGGACUUAACUGGAUUCUGGAUGGACAUCGGACAGCCAAAAGACUUCCUAACCGGCAUGUGUCUCUAUCUAAGCUCGCUGCGCCAGAAGCAAUCCCCCAAGCUGUACACAGGGCCUGGGGUGGUGGGCAACGUGUUGGUGGAUCCCACGGCCAAGAUCGGCGAGGGUUGUCGCAUCGGCCCUAAUGUAACCAUUGGACCGGACGUGGUCAUCGAGGAUGGCGUGUGCAUUAAGCGCUCGACCAUCCUCAAAGGCGCCAUCGUUCGCUCACACUCAUGGCUGGACUCCUGCAUCGUCGGUUGGCGUUCCACGGUUGGCCGUUGGGUUCGCAUCGAAGGCAUCACCGUGCUAGGCGAGGAUGUAAUCGUGAAGGAUGAGCUCUACAUUAACGGAGGCCAGGUCUUGCCCCAUAAAAGCAUUGCGGCCAGUGUCCCAGAACCGCAGAUCAUAAUGUGAGGCGGUGGCCCAAAUCAGAAAGUGUAAAUACAAUCUAUUUUUGUUCAGUUCCGCCGUUUCGGUAUUCUAUAAGGUGCCUUUUGCUUAACUGCUCUCACCUACGAUUUGCUAUAUUGACACUAUGAAAAAAAGAACAUUUCCAGCAGUUAGCGUUGCUAACUAUUUAUAAACUCCAGCUCUUUCUCCUUCCCUGGCGAAGGGGGAAAAUCUGACUUAUGGUUUAAGCAUAAACGCGUUAGUUGAACGUUUUUGUACUUUGAUAAGCGAAGCAUUAGUUAUACUCCUAAAAUUCUGUACGUUAGUCAAAUAUAAUACAUACGUAUUUAAAAAAUUAA